AUUCAGACAGAGGAGGGAGAGAGAGAGAGAGAAGGGAGUUCAUUAAAAACCAGCAUGUUCCUUGCUUUUUCUCUCACACGAAGAAUAAGUCAUCUCUUCUUCAAUCUCAAUCUCUCUCCCCCCUUUAUAAAAACACUAUCAUUCUCAACUGUUUACAGUCACACCAUCAAACAACAACAAUCAACAUGGCUCCAUUUCUCUCCAUCUCCCUCGCCCUUGUCGCCAUUUUCGUCAUUACAGUCUCCGCAGAUCCCGACAUGCUCCAAGACCUCUGUGUCGCUGAUCUCUCCUCCGGAAUCAAAGUCAAUGGCUUCCCUUGCAAAGACGCAGCCAACGUCACACCACUCGAUUUCUUCUCCCAAGGAAUAGCCAAUCCAGGCCUCACCAACAACACAUUCGGCUCCUUGGUCACAGGCGCAAACGUGAUGACCAUCCCGGGACUCAACACGCUCGGCGUCUCCCUCGCACGAAUCGACUACGCGCCAGGCGGCUUAAACCCGCCUCACACUCACCCUCGCGCCACCGAAGUCGUCUACGUCCUCGAAGGAGCCCUCGACGUCGGUUUCCUCACCACGGCCAACAAGCUCAUCUCUCAGUCUCUCAAGAAAGGCGACGUCUUUGCUUUCCCCAAAGGACUAGUGCAUUUCCAGAAGAACAACGGUCGCGUCCCUGCCUCUGUCAUCGCUGCUUUCAAUAGCCAGCUUCCUGGGACUCAGUCUCUUGGUGCUACUCUGUUCGGUUCUACGCCUCCUGUCCCAGAUGAGAUCUUGGCUCAAGCGUUUCAGACGUCUCCGGGAACUGUUAAACACAUCAAAACCAAGUUCCAACCCAAGGUGUAAUAAUGAUCUUUCGGUUCUGUUUUUUCUAACGGAAUGAUCUUUUCCUCCUUUAUUUAUCUUGUGUAAUAAAACCCAUAACUGAUGUUUUGAGUGUGCAUUUGAGCUUUCAUUGUCUCAUGUAUCAUCUUCUAUAUAAUACAAGUUGUUUUUUUUAGGA